ACUGCCAUAAUCCUGGGACUGCGCGCGCCAGUGCCAGGCAGUGGGGUGUGUGCACCUGUCUCGACCCAGAGCCUUAAACCUGAAGAACAGGAACAAGGAAAAUGGACGGAGUGGGGUCUUUUGGCGCUGGAAGAGCCGGGGCUGCUUUUCACCCUAUUUCCUUUGUGCAGCAGCCGCAGACCGUUCUUAGAAUAUUAUCAUGGAUCUUCUCAAUGGUGGUAUUUGGCUCCAUAAUAAAUGAAAGCUAUGUCAACAUUGGAAGUGAGAGGCUCUAUUGCAUUUUUAACAAGAACUAUGAUGCCUGCAACUAUGGAAUCACAGUUGGGCUCAUAGCCUUUUUGGCCUGCAUCUUCUUCUUUGUCCUUGACAUGAAGUUCCAACAAAUCAGCAGUGUUAAAGACAGGAAGAAGGCAGUGAUACUAGAGAUUGGGUUCUCAGGUUUCUGGACUUUCCUGUGGUUUGUUGGAUUCUGCUUCCUGACUAACCAGUGGCAGCGCACCACUCCAGAUGAGCUGCCCUUAAACCAGGGAGCUGAUGCAGCCAGAGCUGCUAUAGCCUUCUCCUUCUUCUCCAUCUUUACCUGGGCUGGUCUGACCGUAAGGGCCAUGCAGAAGUAUUUGCUGGGAACUGACAUGUCACUCUUCACCACAGAUCAUCUGGUUGGCAACCAAACUAUUCAGCCAUUGCCAACUGUACCUGGAGUAGAGACCACUGAUACAUACCAGAACCCACCUUUCACCGAGAACCUGGACUCCAAUGCCCCAACCUACCAGGUUCCGAUUUACUAGAGACGUGUCAGGAUUUAUGUGCAAUGUAAUUGAUCUGUCAAAAUAAGUACAGCUGGAGAUGCCCUGACCUUUCUUCAAGCAGAUGUGGUGUGACAAUGUUCAUAGGUAGUGCUGUGCUGUGAAAUGUACAAGAGUCUGUUGAUUGUGAUUUCUCUUUUAUUUGAGUCUAUAGGGAUAGCUAACUCCAAAUUCAUUGGUUAAAUUGAAAGAAACAUUUAACUAAACAGAUCCAGAUGAUAGGAUCCAUCAUGGUCCUUCCACAUCACCAGAAUAAGGAAGUUUCAUAUUAGUUUUAAGCGAAAACAAAUCUAGUCAGCUGAACAACUGAAAAGUGGUACUUUAGGAACAUCACCAUCCUUGAUAAAGGAAAAUAUGCAUGUACAAUAGAAAAUAAAUUCAGAAAAGACAUAAGUGCCAUAUAUCCAAAAUAAUAAUUUGAAAUGAAAUGUCUAUGAUGUGGAAUAUAAAGUGCAGUAUUUAAAAUGUCAGGACUGUAUAGUGUGAAAGCAGUCCUCCGAUUACAUUUCAGUACAAUGUUUACCAGAUAAAGGUACCAAAUUAUCUGCUUGUGUUGGAAACAUGUUUCAAAGGAUAGGGUAGUCUUCUUCAAAGUAUGAAGUCUGUGAAGGCUCCAUUAUAGAUAUAUGUGUGUUACAUGUUAAAGAUUAUCUCGGUGUAGCAAGCAACAUGCCAGUUCAGUGUUGGUGAACACAGUACAGAUACUUGCAUCUGCAUCAAGGCUAUAUCAAGUUGAGUGUGAUUUUCCUUUGAGUAUAUCUAAGUAGGUUAGGAAGUGUGCGUACCACAGAAAGUAUUACCUUAGGUUUAAAGUGUACCCUAAAGAGUUAAAAUAGUAAUGCUCACACAAAAAUAGACAAAACAUUAAGUCAGCUAAAUCCAAGUUAUGAUAAAUUCUUGAAUACUAAAGGAAAGUCCUCUACCCAACAAAACUACAAGUGCAGAGAGGCUGUUUAUAUGAAGACAAUGUUCACUUCAGUAAUUUAUAAAAUCAGAGGUUAAAGAAAUUGGUGACCAUCAGUGUUGUACGAUAUGUGGAAAAAUGAUGCCGUUCUCAGACAGUAAGACGUACAUAAUCUACAUGCAAAUGUAGAAUGUGAAAGUGGUCAGGUAUUUAUGUUUUCUAUAUUAACACAGCACUUAAAAAUGUCAGAUGCUUUGACCACUAUAUCAGCAAUAUGGGCUUUAUAUGCCAAGGUCUGUAUUUGCUGGUACAAAAUUUGCACCUCUAAAAGAAUAAAAAUGUAACUCUACAGUCAAUUGCAAAGAAAUUAAUAUUUUAUUUUUCUUCUUACAAAUAAAAAUGUCAAAAUUUGUACCAGAAAAGGGGUUUUUAACACAGUCCAAACACUGAAUCUUUACUUAUAAUGCACUACAAUGUCUGGUGUCAACCAUCCAUGCAAUAAUGUUAUAAACAGAAGACUUAUCAAACUGAAUGUCUUUGGACUGCAUUCCUCAUGAAAAUAAAAAAGGUUUUUCAUGAAAA